UACCUCCACCGGUAAUUCGAACUGCGAAUCUCUCUCUCUCUCUCUCUGCCGCCUGAAAAUGGUCCCUAUUUGCAAGCUAGUGGUUGGUGUUACAUUGUUAUUACUACUACUACCAAUAUCAACAUUCUGUUUGCCGGCGGAGUGUAACUUUCCGGCGCUAUUUAACUUCGGCGAUUCAAAUUCAGAUACGGGUGCUUUAUCUGCACUCUUCGGUCAACUUCCUCCGCCUAGCGGCCAAACCUUCUUCCAUUCUCCGGCCGGUCGCAACAGUGAUGGCCGUCUUCUUAUCGAUUUCAUAGCUGAGGGUUUAGGGUUACCUUAUCUUAGUCCAUUUUUGGAUUCAAUGGGUACAAAUUUUAGCCAUGGAGCCAAUUAUGCCACAGCCGGAUCCACAAUUCGACGUCAAAACACCACCAUUUUCCAAAGCGGUUAUAGCCCGAUUUCCUUAGAUGUUCAGUACGCCGAAUUCUCUGAUUUCUUUAAAAGAUCACCAAUAAUCCGUGAAAAAGGAGACGUGUUUAAGAACCUGUUCCCAGAAAAUUACAAGUUUUCUAGCGCAUUAUACACGUUUGAUAUAGGCCAAAACGAUCUCACCGCUGGGUACAAGCUUAAUUUGACUACUGAACAAGUAAAAUUAUACGUUCCCGACGUUAUAUCACAAUUUACGACUAUCAUCAAGAAAGUGUAUGCUCUUGGAGGCAGAGCAUUUUGGAUACACAACACUGGGCCAGUUGGUUGCUUGCCUUAUAUCAUGGAUACCCGCUUGAUCACAGCGGCACAGGUGGAUCCACACGGUUGUGCCUCCCCGUUUAAUGGUGUUUCACAGUUCUUCAACCAGAAACUCAAGGAAGCUGUAACCCAACUCCGAAAACAACUUCCUUCGGCUGCCAUCACCUAUGUUGAUAUCUAUUCAGUCAAAUAUUCGCUUGUCGCGCAAGCAAAAAAGCUCGGAUUCGAUGAUCCGUUCUUGGUGUGUUGUGGGCACGGUGGAAAAUACAACUUCAACAAUGAAAGGAGGUGCGGGAGCACAAAAAUGGUGAAAGGUAAGGAAAUCCUGAUUGCGAAGUCUUGCAAAGAUCCGUCAUCACGGAUCAGUUGGGACGGGAUUCACUUCACCGAGGCAGCUAACAGAUGGAUGUACAGUCAGAUUGCUGACGGGGCGUUCUCGGACCCGCCCGUUCCGUUAAAGAUGGCUUGUCACAGAAAGAAGUGAAGGUUUAAUAGUAUUUGUAAGUUGAUUGUUUUAACCACAUAACUAAACUAACCGAAACAAAAUAACCCACGCUCACCUGAUAAUAUGUGUGAUUAUGUCGUGUGUUAUUUCGUUUCGGUUUAGAUUAAAAAGUUUCGAUUUACCUGACGAUUAGUAUUGUAUUAGAAGGUUCUGAUUGUAUUUAAUAAUGUAAUUUGUGUAUGCGUAGGUU